CCAAAUAAUAAUCGCCAGUGUUUGUUAAAUAAAGUGAUUAUUUUCAUUACUUGCAAUGGCUUGUGCAACAUCGGUAUUACGAUGUUUAGCAUUUAGUUUGAAUUUUAUAACUUGCAUGUUUGGUAUUCUUGUGGCAGGCUCUUGCAUAUAUUCUCUGAUCGUGUCUAAUGGAAGCGAUAUCAUAACAGUACCGUCUGUGAGUGGAUUAACCCUAAGCAUUAUACUUGCUUUUAGCGCGGGACUUGGUUGUUUUAUUGUAUCUCAAAAUACAACGCGUCUGAUGUGGACGUAUUUAACGCUAAUGAUAUUGCUAAUGGUUGCUCAGAUUGUUGCCAUAUUUUUCGCAUCUAUUGACUUCAGGACCUUGGCUUACAAAGUAGUUUCGAAUGCUUGGGAUGCUCAAAUAGUUGAUCCCAGCGCAAUGGCCUCUUACGAAAUACAGUUUGAAUGUUGUGGAAAAUUCGGGCCGACAGAUUAUAGAAACUUUGGUCAAGACAUGCCUAUUAGCUGUUAUACGAAUGGUAACAGCACUGACGCUAAUGAUUACUUUACCACUGGUUGCUUAGAAAAGAUAACUAGUUUGUUUGCUAUUGGCGAGGAUUUGGAAAAGAUCAGCAAUUGGCUGUUAAUAGGUCUAGAGGGCGCUAGCUCUCUAGUAUUCGGCAUUUAUGCAGUCAGCCAAACAAACCUGGAAAGACGCAAAAACUAUUACUAGAAGAUGGUAGAAUGCAUAAAACGACCUGUUUUGGUUUUAGUUUUACUUUUUAAAUUAAUUAAAUAUAAAAUUUUGUUUGAAUUCUUUCAACGCAGACUUAAUAAAUGGCUCUCUGAUCACAGGUCGAAAGUUGUAACGGAUAAAGGGAAGGAUUUCAUUGUAGAUCUAUUCCAAUCUAUUUAUCAAUUUCAUUUGCCAUCCAACAACGAUCAGUCAACAGCCCUCUUUUUAACUGAUCUUUGGACGUGCAGGGGUAAAGACGUUUAACAUCAACUCAUAAGCAUAUGUCUUUCCUCUUAGUGUUCUUCUAGUUUCCUGUAUAAGGCUCGACAAAAUAUCGACACAUCAUCAGCAAGACAUUAUCACAUUUUCCAGGCUCUUUCAUUCAAAAGUAAGCGGUAAAUGGAUUACCAAACUACAAAAUUCACCUAUAGUUAUCAAUUAACGGGCAAGACCUAAGAGAAACGAAGCAGCAGUUGUAGGAGCAUUAAGCAGAUAAUUGAUAUCCAUCGGCUCAAAUCACGGUAACAGACUGUUCCAAGAUACUUUCUUAACUGUGGAUAUAUCAAGAAAUCUAAGCCAUGUUUUAAAUCAAUUACUAUUGUGGAUUGAAGAAGACUGUUUUAUGCAUCUUGUUCAACAUAAAAUUUCAAAGCAAUCCAGCUUUAAAUCAUUCAACUCGCCUGUUAACUUUAAAAAAGUUAUUUAUCUAAUGUUGGAAUGUGUAGUUCCACGAGGAAAUAGACUGACUUCACCGAGUAAUAUAUCCACGAUUGCUAGCGAAAUAAUCUUAAAGAAUUAGGAAACUUAAAUUCGUCUUUGAUACCUAUCAUCAAUACGCACAAGUUAUAAUAUAAGGAUUUCGACGUUAUGUUAAUAAUGGGUGCAUUUGCAGUUCAACGAAAUCUUGAAUGGGUUUAGGAAAUGUUUGCUCCAGAUGUUGCGCUAAUGUUCGCUAUAAGUAGAAUUUGCGUAAUUCUAUGCAAGUUUUUGUGACCAUGCACUCCUUAUUGAAAAUGCGAGAGUAUUUAUUUUGAAAAUAAUGAUGUAAGCAUGUAGAUAUGUAGUGUAUAAGGAUAUAGCACAUAUUAUUAUUACUAUUAUUAUUAUAAUUUAUUUAGAGUAAAAGAAUUAAUUCUAGAACUAAAACUAGGAUGAGCAGUAGCAACUAACACUAUCAGCCCCUUUCUAUACCCAUCACCGAGGGAUGAGGGAUCUGCCCGUCUAUGCAAUGUCUGUUGUAAAUCUUCUCCCGGUCCUAAAAAUGAAGCUACUGACUUCAAAUGCGACGGAAAUAAUGGCAAUACUUGCACGCAGGUCGGCAUUGAAAAUGGGCCAAAUCGGUCGAAGUACACGCCCAAAGCACCACGUAAAAUGAAAACACCUCCGUUUUUCAAAAAGCCUAAACUGCGGCAAUCAAAUGUGCAAAAAUUUGAGCGCAUAAUCUAUGGGCAAUACUGGAGUAUUCGUGGACUAAAAUAGGACAAAUUGACCACGCCUAUCUAAUAUAAUAGUGUAUCAAACUUUAAUUUUUCUCUCCAUACCUUUCCAUACAACAAACAGAAACAAGCUUCAAAAACACUAUAAAGUUUACAAAUUCUUGGCCAGUUUGGAAGAGACUUGAACGUUUUCAAGGACACUCCUAUAACGGCCACAUGCCUAUGCGACAAAAACUUUCAUUUUGAAAAUAGAAAAAAUCGGCUGCG